UUCUCACCUACAAACAUCAAUCGCAUACUGUUUUGUAACAAAGCUUCUCGAAAUGAACAUUCAUCAGGAUUGACUCGAUGAAAGUAACAACAAGUGCCUAAAACUAUUAAAUAAAUUAAUUAAUAUAAUAAACAUUUUUUAAAUCUAUAAAAAUUAUAUGAAUAUAAAAUAUUUCAAUUCAUACAUACGCGAUAAAUAGGUUACAGCUCGAAUGGGUCGAUUUUUACAUUCAUUAAAAAUAUCUACAGCAACAUCUUUAUAGUCAAGCUGUAUCAUUUAAUAAUGAUAGAAUCUCUUUUUUUGAAAAAUGACAUCUCCAAAAGAUAUAAACAAUCAUAACUCAGAUCAUGCAAUUGCUGGUGCUAUUAGCGGAUUCAGUACAAGACUGAUUUGUCAGCCACUUGAUGUUAUUAAAAUUCGAUUUCAGUUACAAGUAGAGCCAAUAUCUCAUAGGUAUCUUGGUAAAUAUAAAUCCUUUCUCCAUGCUACAUCCACGAUUAUUAAAGAAGAAGGUGUUCUAGCUCUUUGGAAAGGACAUGUACCCGCCCAAUUAUUGUCUAUUAGUUAUGGUAUGAUUCAGUUUUACAGUUACAAAAAAAUAGUUUAUCUGAUAAAUGAUGUACCAAAUUCCAACAAUUGGCAACACUCAACGCAUUUUAUUGCUGGAGCAAUUGCUGGUACUUUUGCAACUGCUGCAUCUUUCCCAUUUGAUACCGCAAGAACGAGAUUAGUUGCACAGUCAUCUCGUUAUCAGGUUUAUUCAGGAAUAUUCUCUUGCUAUGAAUCAAUCCUUAAAACAGAAUCUGUAAGGGCAUUAUUUCGUGGUUUGUUACCUACAUUAGUGCAAAUAAUUCCGUAUACUGGUACACAAUUCUUAUUGUACAACUUAUUCACUAAUAUCUAUAAAAAAAUGACAGAUGAAUCAGAAAUAAGUGUAACGAAUUCCAUGUUAUCUGGAAGUGCUUCUGGUCUUGUUGCAAAAACAGUGGUUUAUCCAUUAGAUUUAGCUCGGAAACGCUUACAAAUUCAAGGAUUUGAACAUGGAAGACAAGGGUUUGGUAAAUUUUUUACUUGUAAUGGAUUUGUUGAUUGUGUAUUACGUACAAUAGAACAAGAAAGAUUUUUAGGUUUAUUUAAAGGACUCAUUCCUAGUCAAACUAAAGCGACUGUAACUAGUGCAUUAUAUUUUACAUUUUAUGAACAAGCUUGUAUACUUUUACGAUAUUUAAGAUCAUAAAUAAUAAUGGAAUGUAUUUUGAAUAAAUAUUACAUAACGCAA